AAAGCGCUAGAGAGCAAGAGCGACUAAAACCCUAGGUUCCAAUCCCUCUUACAAAACCGAAGCCCGCCGCGGGGUCGAGCAAACCUUAGCGGCCAUGGGUGUUGAUCUCGUCGCUGGCGGCCGGAGCAAGAAGGCCAGGCGCACCGCGCCCAAAUCCGACGAUGUCUACCUCAAGCUCCUCGUCAAGCUCUACCGGUUUUUGGUGCGGAGGACCGGGAGCAAGUUUAAUGCCGUGAUCCUGAAACGGCUUUUUAUGAGCAAAAUCAACAGGCCCCCGAUCUCCCUCAAGAGGCUCAUAAGAUUCAUGGAAGGAAAGGAGGACAAGAUUGUGGUCAUAGUGGGGACUGUGACAGAUGAUAAGAGGGUGUAUGAGGUCCCAUCAAUGAAGGUGACGGCUCUGAGGUUCACGGAGACGGCGAGGGCGAGAAUUCUGAAUGCUGGUGGAGAGUGCUUGACCUUUGAUCAGCUCGCUCUCCGUGCUCCCCUUGGGCAGAACACGGUUCUCUUGAGGGGUCCGAAGAAUGCCAGGGAAGCUGUGAAACACUUUGGCCUGGCCCCUGGUGUGCCACACAGCCACACAAAGCCUUAUGUCCGUUCCAAGGGAAGGAAAUUUGAGAGGGCCAGAGGAAGAAGGAACAGCAGGGGAUUUAGGGUUUGAGUCUCAUCCUAGUUAUUCCAAGGGCAGACCUAAACUCUACUGUUUGAGUAGCGAGGAUCUUCUUUCUUCCUUUGGAAUAUCUUGUUAUGUUCCAGAUGUUAGAACAUGGGAAAGUGAAGCGACCCUCAGCUUUUUUGUCCAUUUGAUUCCGCACUCGAACCAUUUACAUUCCUGUUAUUUAAUUAGAAAUAUUUGAUGGUCUGCUUUGGAGUCAAGUUGGUCAAGGGAUAUGUUGCGACUUUGGGUUUCUAAACUGAUAUAGGUGCUUGAAAGUGGCAAUAUGAAACGCUACUUAAUUUCUCGACAUGGUAAGCUUAAUUCA